AUGCUUAAUAUUGUUACCUAUACUUCUUUGGUGAAGGGUCUUUGUAAUUUAGGUAGAUGGAGUGAUGCGGCCGGGUUGUUGAGUCAUUUUAUCAAGAGGGAGAUUAGUCCUAAUGUGAUUACUUCUACUGCGUUAGUCGAUGCGUUUGUGAAGAAUGGGAAGGUUUUGGAAGCUAAGGAGCUAUACGAGGAGAUGAUAAGGAUGUCUAUAGAGCCUGAUAUUGUCACUUACAGUUCGUUGAUCAACGGGCUUUGUAUGCAAGAUCGCGUAGAUGAGGCUAGUGAGAUGUUUGGUUUGAUGGUGAGGAGAGGUUGUUUCCCUGAUGUGGUGAGUUAUAAUACUCUUAUUAAUGGGUUUUGUAAGGCGAAGAGGGUUGAGGAUGGGAUGAGACUCUUCCGGGAGAUGUCUCAGAGAGGUUUGGUGAGCAGUACAGUCACUUACAACACUCUUAUACAAGGCUUUUUCGAAGCGGGGGAUGUUGAUAUGGCUCAGGAGGUUUUUAGGCAGAUGGAUUCUCCUGAUAUAUGGACUUAUAACAUUUUGUUAGGUGGGCUUUGUGACAACGGGGAGGUGGAGAAAGCGUUGGUGAUGUUUGAGGAUUUGCAAAAGAGUGAGAUGGAACUAGACAUUGUCACAUAUACUACCAUUAUCCAUGGGAUGUGCAAGAGUGCAAAUUCAUCUACUUUCAGCGGUGAUGGAAUCACUGGCACGCUUCCAUCAACUCCCAAUUAG